AUGGCGAUCCCUCUCCUCUUGCUCCUCCUCGUUCUCUCCUCUGCUUCAGCGGAUGAGUACGGGGACGAGCUGCUGCGGCGCGCGUGGGGGGAGCGGGAGUGGAUGGUGAGCGUGCGGCGGCGCAUCCACGCGCACCCGGAGCUCGCGUUCCGGGAGCACCGCACCGCAGCCCUCGUCCGCGAGGAGCUCGAGCGCCUCGGCCUCCCCAUCCGCGCCGUCGCCGGAACGGGCGUCGUCGCUGAUGUAGGCUCCGGGGCGCCCCCCUUCGUGGCUCUCCGCGCCGACAUGGACGCGCUCCCGCUCCAGGAAUUAGUGGAGUGGGAGCACAAGAGCAAGGUGGACGGAGUGAUGCACGCCUGCGGGCACGAUGUCCACACAGCGAUGCUUCUGGGGGCAGCAAAGUUACUCAGUCAGCGUAAGGAUCAGCUCAAGGGAACAGUGAGACUCCUUUUUCAACCUGCCGAGGAAGGUGGUGCAGGUGCAUCUCAUAUGAUAAGUGAAGGGGUUCUGGAUGGUGUUGAAGCCAUAUUUGCAAUGCAUGUUGACUAUCGGAUACCAACUGGUGUAAUAGCAGCUCACCCAGGACCAACACAAGCAGCUGUAUGUUUCUUUGAAGCAAAAAUAGAAGGUAAAACUGGGAUGGCUGAAACCCCACACUUAAAUGUGGAUCCUAUUGUCACUGCAUCAUUGGCCAUCCUGUCCCUGCAGCAGCUUAUUUCCAGAGAAGAUGAUCCUCUUCACAGCCAAGUGGUCUCGGUUACCUAUGUGAAAGCUGGAAAAGCCCUUGAUGCUACCCCUGACGUCGUUGAAUUUGGAGGUACUUUGAGGAGCCUCACCACUGAAGGCCUUUAUCGUCUGCAGAGAAGGGUUAAAGAGGUAGUAGAAGGCCAGGCUGCAGUACAUAGAUGCAAGGGAGCCGUUGAUAUGAAGAGUGAGGACUACCCAAUGUACCCUGCUGUUGUGAACGAUGAGAAGCUGCAUCGCCAUGUAGAGGAUGUCAGCAGACGCUUGCUUGGCCCGGACAAGGUGGAGCCUGGAGAGAAGAUCAUGGCAGGCGAAGACUUUGCUUUCUACCAGCAGCUGAUUCCCGGUGUUAUGUUUGGCAUCGGAAUUAGAAACGAGAAAGUAGUAGAAGGGCAGGCGGCUGUACAUAGGUGCAAGGGAGCUGUUGACAUGAAGGUUGAGGACUACCCAAUAUACCCAGCUGUUGUGAAUGACGAGAGGCUGCAUCGAUACGUAGAGGAUGUCGGCAGAGGCUUGCUUGGCCCUGGCAAGGUGAGACCAGGGGAAAAGAUCAUGGCCGGAGAAGACUUCGCUUUCUACCAGCAGCUGGUUCCCGGUAUUAUGUUUGGCAUCGGCAUUAGGAACGAGAAAGCUGGUUCUGUUUACUCAGUUCACAACCCCUAUUUCUUCGUUGAUGAGGACGUCAUUCCUGUUGGGGCUGCUUUGCAUGCUGCGAUUGCAGAACUUUACUUUACUGAGGGCUCCUCUCUCAACAAAGACUCGUAG